AUGUCUGUGAAAAUAUGGUUACCAGCGCUGUAUCUAAUUCUUAUUGUCGGUUGCGUACAAUGUGCAACUACGCAUAAGCAUGUCCAUACGCACACUAAAGAACGCACGGAUGAUGGUGCGUAUGCUCCUCGGGAUGCCCAUCAUAUGGAAGGUGGGGAACAUUACUCCGAAUUCGAUCAUGAAGCAAUUCUGGGAAGCGUAAAAGAAGCCGAGGAGUUUGAUAAUUUGUCACCUGAAGAAUCCAAGAAACGACUAGCGGUGUUGGUUACAAAGAUGGACCAGAAUUCGGACGGAUACGUGGAUCGCCACGAGCUCAAAGUCUGGAUUCUACGCUCGUUCAUAAGUCUCGCUGAGGAAGAAGCCUCCGAGCGGUUCGAAGAUGUUGAUUUGAACAAUGACGAAUCGGUAACAUGGGAGGAAUAUCUGCAGGAAACGUAUGGCAUGGAUAGCGAGGAUGAGGAAGGAGUUCGAUUGCCUUUCGAAGAGCCUCGGAACGAGGAGGAACGCAAGCUCAUACUGGACGACAAAGAAAUGUUUGAAGCGGCGGACAGCAAUCACGACAACAAGUUAGAUUCAACCGAAUUCGUGCAAUUCAUCUCCCCGGAGGAGUUCCCUCAAAUGUUACCGAUUAUUCUGCGACAAACGCUGCGUGUGAAAGACAAGAACAAUGAUGGACGCAUUGAUUUCCAGGAGUUUGUUGGAGAAAAUGCAAAGGACCAAGACAAGGAGUGGUUGAUUGUUGAGAUGGAUAAGUUUAAAAAAGACUUUGAUAAAGAUAAUGAUGGGUUUUUGAACGGAAACGAAAUCCUUUCGUGGGUAGUACCAAGCAAUGAUGAGGUAGCUAGCGAUGAAGUGGAUCAUCUGUUCGCGGCUAGCGAUGACGAUCACGACGACAGACUAUCGCAUGAGGAAAUCAUAGAUAAUUACGACACCUUCGUAGGUAGUGAAGCAACGGAUUAUGGAGUUCAUUUGCAAAACAUUCAUCACCUUGAUGAUGAAUUGUAAAAUCGAUAGAGGCUUAAGCCAUUGAAUGAGCGAAGCAUAUUAAAAUGAAGCGAUUUUGCCGUAACCCAAAAAUGGGUGACAUGGUAUUCUAGCAAAUUUUCCGUCAGUCACUCUGACUGACAUGGCACGCAAGGUGUUGAGCCAAUCAUUUCAAUCGAAUGUUUUUAAAAAUCAUGCGCUCUCUGUAUUAGCUCCUAUUUAAUUUAUUUCUAUUCAAAUGUAACACUUUUUAUAUUUCAUUAACCCUUUCAUUUUUUAAAUAUUUAACAACGGAUGCCAUAAAGAUAGUCAGCGGAUAGUCGAGUACCUAAUGUGUGUUUGCCAAAUAACUUGUGUUCUGUUUAUUUGAGAUAAUCGAAAUAUAUUGGAAUCUCUUAAACUGUCUAUAGGAUUGUAUCUUUGCCCAACUGAAUUUUGUCAUAUUUAUUUCAAUAUGACCUCUAGCAAGGCAGUCCUUAACCCUUUUUUGCAUGAUUUAAAAUCUUUUUCUUUUCUUCCAAUCCCAAUAAAAAGCGGUAUGACUAGUUCUAGGCCUGGUAAUUCACAGAGACGUUUGUUAUUUUGUGAUAACUAUAGUUGCUUAAGGAG